AGGGUGCAACGGUAAUGGGUAUAAGCUUUCUCGCCAGUGCGCUCAAAACUCCCGCCCAAUUUUCAUCUCGUUCUUCCUCGAGAUCACCACGCUUCGUUUUUCCGAGUAUCGAUCAUUCUCUGGCUUUCCGUUUCUGCGGUUAAUCUUCUUAAAAUCGUGUGUGGAUUGUUCUGUGAGUGUCACGUCGUUUCAGUUGUCGGGAGUCGGAGAGGGUGUAGUGUGGCAGCUAUGGCAGAUAGGGUUUAGUUCGAGGGUUCGAGAGAUUUGUAGCUAGUGUUCGAAGUAACUAGGGUUUCAUGUGAGUGUCUAUGAAUUAUUAGGUUUCUGAAUUUUCGUCGCAGAGAUUAUCCGAAGAUGGAGUUUAGGAGUAGGGCAUCACAUGUGAAGUUGAAUGGCGCGGUGAAGGCAUAUGGAGUUGGAGGGGGUGGGAGUAGAGUGUCGAUGUACCUGGUUGCACCGGACGUGGAUGUAUCGUUGGAAGAUUUUGAGCAGUACGCGCUGGACCGUUUGCGCGUUCUGAUUGCUAUUGAAGAGAACCGGUCUCGUGGUAAGCGUGCGGAGGAGGUGGAUUCUGCAGUGUCGGAUUUGUGGAAGAAGCACAUGCGAACGGUCCAUUCAGAUGCGCAGCAGCAGAAGGAUGUUAUUUCGCAUUUCGUGCUGAGGUUAGUGCAUUGUCGUACCGAAGAGCUGCGCAGGUGGUUCAUGGAGAUGGAGACUGCGCUCUUCCGGUUUCGAUUCAAGGCUGAGAGCCCGGAGUCUCAGAAAGCCUUCAUUGAGGAUCACAAGCUACCUUACAAGAGUAUUAGUUCUGGGGAGUUUGAGGCCAUGAAGGAGAAGCUGGCGCAAGUGAUGCGAUCCAGUAACCAAUCAGCGAGUUUGAUCGGCGAGACGAAUUUCUACAAGGUCCCUUUCGAAGAAGUUCUCGACCUUGUUGCCACUCGAAGGGUAUAUGUCCAUCAGGGCCAUGCAUUUGUGCCUAGGGACCAGCUGGUGACCAUCGUUAGUAACCACUUCCGUUCCAUGUUGUCUCAAUCUUUAAUUCUCACCAAUCGUAACUGGACGGCGAUGUUCGCUGCUCAAGAGGAGGAUCGGCUUAGUCCAAUUUUGGAAGCAUUGAGCAAGCGGUACUUGGCUCCGGACUACUCAAAAUCAGUCUCGGGUAGCAGCGUGGCGCUUCAAGAUUUGGAUGGUUUGGCCAUGCGGUCUUUCCCGUUAUGCAUGCGACAUCUCUACCUUAAGCUCCAGGAGGAUCACCAUCUUCGUCAUGGUGGUCGUCAGCAGCUGGGGCUCUUCUUGAAGGGAAUUGGGUUGAAGCUCGAAGACGCUUUAGCUUUUUGGAGAGGGGCGUUUGCGCCGAGGAUGCCAGCUGAGAAAUUUGAUAAGGAGUAUGCUUACAAUGUGCGCCAUAAUUACGGUAAAGAGGGUAAACGCACGGAUUACACCCCUUACUCGUGCAUGUACAUUAUUAUGUCGAAUCCCGGAGUUGGAGAUCAUCACGGUUGCCCCUUCCGCCAUUUCAGUGCUGAGAAUUUGCAUGCGGCACUCUCGGGGAUGCGUUUGGAACCAAAGACGAUUGAUGAGGUCAUGGAAAAAACAAGAGGUCGGCAUUAUCAGUUAGCGUGCGCAGCAACAUUCGAAGGUUCUCAUAACUGCCAAUGUGAUGGUAUAAACCACCCGAAUCAGUACUUUUCGCAGAGUCAAAAUUAUUUGAAAGAGCAGGCGGAGAAUGCUUCACAAAUGGAAACAGAUAGCUGAACGUCGCCAUUGUUUAUCAACGAAGAUGUCGAGAGUGACAUCUCCAACCACUUACGCUAAUGUCGCUUCCUUCGAGGGAAUGAGCAUAGGCUGAAAGCGAACCUUCUUUGAGGGACGCUGUUACCUCUCUCCAGAAAUGCUGCCGAACAAGUAUUUCCUUGCGUCAUAUGUUUGCAGUUGCUGAUACAGUAAUCAAAACAAGCUGCAGAUUAUUUACGCGGCGGAAGGUAAGCAGUGUUGAAGCUGCAAUCGCACUCGUGGCAUAUUACACAAUUUCUAGGCAAUCCAUUCAUUGGAGUUUUGGACGCCGUCAAAGGGCAGAGCGAAGACUGAGAAUCCCAUGUUUCAAAACAUGGCAGUUCACUGUGAUUGUAGCGUUGUACCAUACUGUAAGACCUGUAUCAGUAAUGUGUCGCUCCUGCAGCUCUAUUCCUGGAUUGUAAGUAGUCUAAACGAUAUAGUCUAAGCGAUGCACAGGUUCAGUGCCAGUAUGUACCAUCCACUCAAUCGACUAGCUUUGAUACAUCCGAAGGAACAAUGAUUUGCGUAAUGGAAGAGAUUUUGAGGUGUUAUUUGAGUUAUAACUACUUUCGCUACAAUUUCUGCAGAAAUACGAUUUUGAUCAUCACAGCCUAUGAAUGAAUAGUGUUGUAUUGGGUAUAGUGAGCAACUGCGGUGUUGAUCAGGGUUUUGACAGGACAUUCAUUUCUGCCAGCAAAGCAAUAUUUAUUAA